AUGACAACUAACAAGACAUUUGUUCGCCUACAGGAAGAGAUCACUGCCAUGAAGCGUCGAGUUGCUGAGAUGGAGAAGGAGGCCGAGAAGCUCCGCGAGAUGCAGGCCAGUCUGGAAGAGAAGGGCAACGAGAUCAGCCACGACGACAAGAAUGACGUCGACAGCCGAAGCAUAUUCGUCGGCAACGUCGACUACUCUGUCUCUCCCGAAGAGAUCCAGGCUCAUUUCCAGGAGUGCGGCUCCAUAAACCGCGUCACGAUCUUGCUUGACAAGUUCACCGGUCAACCGAAAGGCUACGCCUACGUCGAGUUUACCGAGCCGAGCCUUGUCGCGCAGGCUCUUGUUCUGAACGACAGCGUACUCAAGGGUCGGAACAUCAAGGUUACGCCCAAGAGGACAAACAUUCCCGGCAUGUCUAGGGGACGGGGUCGCGGUCGUGGAGGCGUCGGAAGAGGGUUUCAUGGUGGAAGAGGAGGCUACAUGCCCCGAGGCGCAUAUCGCGGUGGAAACCGUGGCCGAGGAAGGGGAGGGUACGCUCCAUACUAG